AUAACGAGAUUUUAUUAGAUAUUGAAUCUGAUUUAAUUGAAGAUAACUUCAAGGAUCAAAAUGAUGAAAAUUUAGAGAUAGAUCUUACUUUAAAAUUCAAUGAUUAUUUGAGUAAAUGGUUGGAUAUACUUCAGCAAGAGAUUAAUUCUGAAAAUGAGUUGGAUGAUGAUUUAUAUGAUUUUGAUAUAGAUAUCGAAAAUAUUGAGCAUCCAGUAUAA